CGCGACGAUCGAGAUAUCAGUUUCUCCACCACCAACCAACAGGAAGGUUUGGUUGGCUUGAUCAAAGAUGAGUGCCGUGUUUGGAUCUUCCAGACGCCAAUUGGCAAGAAUAAGAUGUCUUAAACAGUCCGUUAAAUGUCUAAAGGAUAGUGAACCUUUACCAGAGGCGCUUUGCUAUGUGCCAGGUUGUUUGGAAUAUAAAUACCCAAACGCGAGUGAUUCGAACGGUCGGGUUACCGUUUACAGCAAAACAGACAGGAAAUCAAAAUGUGGCGAAAUCGUAUUUUCUAGAGAAACCACUAUCUUUGCCAGUGGUGAAGAAUCCUGCAAUUCAGACGGACUGUGGAUAAGACUUACAAAUAAAUCAUUUAGGGAACAUAUUAAAGGAAAAGAGAACGUGAAAGAAGGAUGGAUUCUUCUGUAUGAAUUGAAAGCUGGUGCCGAGAUGGCAAACGUCCUAUUACCUGUCGUGCCAGAGAAUUCGACAGCUGCCGAGCAGAGAGUGAAAGGGAAGCAAGUUCAUCCACUUUGCAGCUGGGAGCAAAUCUUGGAAUAUACUUACAGUUUAAAAGUAGGCACACCACCAGUCAUCGUUGAAGCUGAUUCAGCAGCCGUCGAACGAUUGUGCAGAGCCCCGCAGAAUUGGACGAUAGAAAACGACGAGGAACUUGCGAAAUUCCUUGCAGAACACAUGGAAACCCACAAUGAAAAACUUGGCAGUGUCAAGCAGUUUGUGGAGUCUGUUGAUGUUUCAUCAACAUGUGAAGAAGAUGAUGCAUCUUGUUUAACUGAUGGUGAUACAUCUACGUACUGGGAAAGUGACGGUUCACAAGGCCAGCACUGGAUGAGGCUCCAUAUGAAGAAAGGAACAAUAAUUAAGCGACUUUACAUAGCAGUUGAUGGACAGGAUGAUAAUUAUAUGCCAAGUCAUGUGAUAGUGAUGGCCGGACAAGAUGGAUCAAACCUUAAAAAAAUCAAUGAUUGUAACAUUGAUGUUAAUUACACUGGUGACUAUUGUAUCCUGGAGGAUAUGACUCAGCAUUAUAAGGUCAUUGAGGUUCGAAUCAAGGAGUGCAAAGAUGGUGGGAUUGAUACCAGAAUACAUGGUAUUAAAAUCAAGUCAACAAAAGAAAAAGACCUCGGUUUAAAUAAAGAUUUGUUUAAGAAUUCAGAGCUAGUGAGAUAUCCACGGCUAGAAUCUGUUGAUAAAGAUGUGUUGUACAGGAGAGCUAUCACCAUGCAAAGGUUUAUUAAAUUAUUUGAUAGUGUUAUACAAUACAUUAUCCCAUCCUGGCAAUAUUCUAUAGGAUCGUUUGGCGAAUUAAAUGCAGUACGACAGAUUUUAGUGUUAUCCAAAAAACGAUCUUCUCUAAUACAACGCUUGCUGAAGCAGUCAGAAACAAGCAAACCCUCAUCGAUGCCAAAAUUGUACAUAAAUAGGAGAGCGGCGUCUGAACACAAGUCGGACCCUAGCAAAGACCCAGAGUGCAAAAGCACUGUCUUCUCGCAGAUUUAUGAAGGUUUAAAAUCAGGAACGCGAUCGAACACUCAGCUGGACUUUCGAUGGCCUCAACGUUACGACCAGUGGUGGGAGUGCAAAUUCUUGUCAGAAGGCAUCAUUGACCAAGGGGGUGGCUUCCGGGACAGUCUUUCGGACAUAUCAGAAGAAUUAUGCCCAACGGCUAACGACCAACCUGAUCCGCUUCCCUUUUUUGUGCGCUCACCGAACCAGAAACACGAAGAUCUGAACACGAACCGUGACGUCUUUGUACCGAAUCCUGGUUGCAAGGAGUUUAUCAAGUACGAGUGGAUUGGAAUGCUAAUGGGAGGCUGUCUACGAAGUAAAGAGAACCUGGUACUUGCGUUACCAUCAUUUGUAUGGAAACAAUUAGCGGGAGAGUGCAUCAGUUGGUCUCGGGACUUCACGACAGUCGACUCGGCUGCCGUUAAACUACUUGAGUUACUAGAAAGUAUAGACCAGGAGACGUUCGAUGAAAGCUUUGCUGACGACCUAACGUUUACCACAAUGCUUAGUAACCAGACAGUAGCGAUGUUGAAGGAAGAUGGAGAUAAAAUCAAAGUGCAAUACGAGCAACGGAUGGAAUUUUGCCGUCUGGUGCAAGAGAAGAGAAUGAAUGAAUCUAAGCAACAGAUUGCAGCUAUUAAGCACGGUAUUCUGCAAGUAAUACCACAGGCUGUUCUUGAUUUAAUGACUUGGCAACAACUUGAAACGUCUAUAUGUGGCAACCCAGAAAUUUCACUUGAAGCCUUGAAAAAAACUACUUUUUAUGAAGAUAUUGAACAGAAUGACACGAGGGUGAAGUAUUUAUGGGAAGCAAUGGCAAACUUUACAAAUGAGGAUAGGAGUCGUUUUCUAAGAUUUGUUACCGGGAGGCGCCGUUUACCUGCUCCUCUUUAUAUUGCUGCAGAUCGGGGAACUGAGAAAACAGAUUCAUUGCCAGAAUCAUCUACCUGUUCAAAUACACUUUUUCUACCAUGUUACUCCAGUGCCAAAGUAGCAGAAGAGAAAUUGCGUUACGCAGCCUACAAUUGCGUUGCCAUAGAUACUGACAUGGGAUCCUUGGUCGAAUAAGAAAACAAAUGGUGCUUCUACUUAAGAUAUGAUUGGUGUAUAGAAGGUUAAAGCCAAAUCCACACUAUCAGAUUUUCUUGACUAAAAUGCGGUUAUAUGCCCAUAUAUAGUCAUGAUGCGGCUAUAUAGUGGUCACGAUGUGAAUGUGAUGUCAUCAUGACCAUAUUUAGGCAUGUCACAUGUUUUUUUUGUCAAAUAAAAUUUGGUGUAUGGACUCGGAAUGUCUUCAUAUCAGUAUUUGCUCUUCAAUGAAUUGAGUUGUAAAAAUACUGGUUGUGGAAAGUUCCAAUGCAUUUUAAUUCCAGGGCCGCCCCUUAAAUCUGCCCCUGAACAAUGUGUGCACAGAUAACUAAAAAUCAUGUUCAUGUUGGCUCUAGGAAUGGUGUACUUUUACCUCUGAAUAUCUAAGGCUUGAAAUAUCCCAUUUCAAUGAACGACCCCCUCAUCAUUUUAAAGAUUACACACUCAAGAAUCUGAAAAUACCUUGAAUUUAAGUUUUUGCUAGAACUAAAUCAUUUUCCACAACAUGCCUCAAUUGGUUUUUUUUCAGUUACACCUAGUUAUUGUAGUGCUAUAGUAUGUUUAUGGUCACUUUAACAUUUACUUUAUUGAGGAAUAGUAUUCUGAUGAAUUGUUGAGUGCAUCUCUCAUACUACCAAUACAAAAUAUGGAAGUGUAUGCUUACAUUUAAUUCAUUGAGGAAUAGUAUUGUGAUCAUUGUUGAGUGUAUCCCUCAUACUACCAAAUAUGGAAGUGCUCUUGCCAAAAAAGUAGUAGCAAAAAUAUAAAUUCUGUGGUUGUAGAUAUAGAUAUAUAUAUAUAUAUAUAUAUAUACACACACAGCCAAUCAUUGUGCAGGAUAUUCAGCAUCGAUACCAAAUUGUUUUGUUAAUAUUUUAUCCAUUGUUCUUGAAUCUGUAAUUUGCAACACUUAAAAAUGGCAAACCAGGAGAUGGAGUAAUUAAUGACAAUAGUUUGAGAAUUUGUGUUGUGCUUUUACAGAAGUGAUACAACAAUGCUUAAAACAACUUUGUUAUAAAUCUAUCUAAUAGAAUAGCCUAAAAACAGCAGUAUAAGAAAGCUUUACUCAUGAAGUUUAAAUUCAUAC